AUGGCGUCGGCGCGCGCGACCACGCCACAGAGCACACAUCCGGCUCCCACGACCGAAACCGGCAAUCCCGACCGGAAGCUAAUCAGAGGACCGCUCCAGCCAUCAGCCCACAACUCGCGGCCGUCUUCCUACACUCAAUCGCCCAGGCCGAUUAAUGAAAUCAUGUUCGAUCGGCAAAGGCCCGGCCCAGAAGCGGCCGUGAUGGAGAUAUGUUCCACUACGUUGCCACAGCCAUUUGUCAAUCCCGACGCCCCUCUCACCCACGGAUCCACGGCCACCCCCUCCCCGGCCCAAUGA